CUCCCAACCCAACGGCUGACCCCUUCCACCGCUUUGGCAAUCCCCUGCGUGACGCUUACCGUGUUGCCGCCGACUUCCGAAAUCCGAUUCAUCCACGUGUCAAAAUCGAAGAGGUCGGUGCGUUUCGCGGCGUGUCCCCAUAAGUGGGACCCACAGGCUGACAACGAUCCACGUGGCCGGGACAGUUUCGAUCCGAUCCGAUUCGAUCCGUUACAAUCGCUUGAUGUUGUUUCUUCCGUUUCUUCUCUUCUCACACUGUGAACGACACUAAACCCAAUAACGCUUUCAUGGUAUUCACCUGACUCAUCAUCACCCUUCUCUCUCUCUUUGGCCACAAUUCCACCCUAAAACGACAAUGGCGUGGGGCUCCUGCGUUCCACGAUGCUAAGCUGUCGUUUGCAUUGUGAUCCUAUAAUGGGGACUUGCUCUCAUUCUUUGGUUUUGUGAUUGGAAUCCAAAGAGAGAGAGUGUGUGUUGUUGCGUUCGUUUCAUGGCUAAAUUGGUGGCCCGAACGGGGCGCCAUCAGCAGCGAUACGAACAUGGUUAUCGCCUUAUUGCUGGGUGUGUUCCAUUUAGAUAUAAAGAAGGUGAUGAUUGUGAAGACUCUUGUUCUGAGAAGAUUGUUGAAGUGCUUAUGAUUAGUUCAACUAGUGGACCAGGUCUUUUGUUUCCAAAGGGAGGAUGGGAGAAUGAUGAAACUGUUGAAGAGGCUGCUGUAAGAGAAGCAAUUGAAGAAGCAGGAGUUCAAGGAGACCUAAUGGACUUUCUUGGAUACUAUGAAUUUAAGAGCAAGACCCUCCAAGAUGAGUUUAGUCCAGAAGGUUUAUGUAAAGCAGCAAUGUAUGCCUUGUUUGUGAAGGAAGAACUUGAGUCAUGGCCUGAGCAAAGCACCAGAAAUAGGAGUUGGUUGGCUGUAUCAGAGGCACUAGGAAGCUGCCGCCAUGCAUGGAUGAGAGAAGCCCUGCAAUGCUUCUCUAAAUGGCAUGAGGAGUGCAAGGGAGGAUCUAGACCGAACUGACUACUCAUUUGUAGGGGGCAGUGAUAAAAAGAUUAGUAACAUUUAUUUUAGUGAAGAUAUUUCUUAUCAGGAUUACAUAGGGUGUGGUUGAUGUCUUUUUGUCAUUUAGUUUUCAAAACGUUUUUUCGGAUGGAUAAAAAAUUUGUUUGGUGAUGGAAUUUUGAGGACAGAUUUAAAAAAAAUGAAGUGUCUGAAAUAUAGAUAUGCUAUUAUGUUCACAA